GCAGGAGGCAGUAGGAGCUUUAGGUAGCUCCAAACUGUCGUUAAACCGAAAAAGAAGAUGCCGAGAAGUAGGAAGCAGCAGGAGAAGAAGAAAAAGAAGAAGUAAAGGUUAACAAGAUUGAUUUUAAAGUGACAGUGAGUGUAGGUAGAACCUCUGGAGAGUCAGGAUGCCUCUGGAGGUCAAGUGGCCCUUCCCACAAUGCCCCGCACUAGCAUGGAGGGUCUCCAGCUCCUUUGUUAUGGGAAUGGUCGGCACGUAUUCUUAUAUCUGGACCAAGUACAUGAAUUACCUAACAGUCCACAAUCAGGAGGUUCUGUUGGACCUGAUUGACCACAGGCCGUCAGACACGCCCCUCAUCACCUUGGCCAAUCACCAGUCUUGUAUGGAUGAUCCACAUAUCUGGGGAGUUCUGAAGCUCCGGCAGCUGUGGAACUACAAAAAGAUGCGCUGGACGCCGGCAGCGUCGGAAAUCUGCUUCACCAGAGAGCUUCACUCCAGGUUCUUCAGCCGGGGAAAGUGUGUUCCUGUCUGCAGGGGCGAUGGUGUUUAUCAGAAGGGCAUGGACUUUAUCCUAGAGAAACUAAAUAGAGGAGAAUGGGUUCACAUUUUCCCUGAAGGAAAAAUCAACAUGACUGAGGAAUUUAUUCGACUUAAAUGGGGUGUGGGUCGACUAAUAGCAGAGUGCUCGCUUAACCCAAUCAUCUUGCCACUUUGGCAUGUAGGUUUGACUGACGUCCUGCCAAAUGUGACGCCCUACAUUCCUCGAACGGGGAACAGAAUCACCAUCCUGGUGGGUAAACCUUUCACUGUCAAAGAGCUGGUAGAGUCCCUCCGAGCUGAAAACAAGAGCCAGAUGGAAAUGAGAAAGACGUUGACCGAUUUCAUUCAGGAGGAGUUCAGGAACCUGAAAGCCCAGGCUGAGGUUCUUCACAGACAGAUAGAGACCAGAUCCUGAGAUCCAGUUUACCUGCAAACACCGAGCGGCCCUUAACCUGCAUCAGAGGGUAAAACCUUCAAUACAGGAUGAGUUUGGACACCUGAACUUUUACUUCGGAUGAGCUCCGUGACACGCUGGAUUUUGUGUUAAAAUGUGAAAAGAACACCUUUCUUGAAUGAGUGUUUUCUGUACGUUUUAUUAUACAUAAACCCAACUGUUUAAGAAAAAAUGUUUUAAAGUAAUUUAGCAAAUGUAAUUGUUAUGAUGACUGAAUAUUUUGGGUGAAUGUUGGAUCCAGACAUUGUUUCUGCAGCAGAUUAUGAAUUAUUUGUUCUUUUUAUUUUCAGCACUUACCUCUUUAUGAACCGGUGGUUCCCAGCUCAAACCUAACCUGUGCCUCUGAGACAUUUUUACAUUUCUUUGUCAUCAGAUUUUUUUUUCUAAUAAUUGAUUUUAAACCAUUUCAGUCUUGAUUUAGCUGUCAGUAUUUAGACAUGAUUGGAACAUAUUAAACUCUGCAGGUUUUAAAACUUUGAGGGAGUCAAACAACUGAUGUCAGACUAAUGGAACCAGUUCAUUACAGACCUUUAUAAAGACGAUGAUUCAAUCUUAUUUUAUCCUGCUUAAUUCAUUUAUGUUUGUUUGGAUGAUAAAGUUGGAGAACUUUACAUUAAGCUGCUCUUUAAGACACCAAUAGGUAUUUGAAGCAUCCAUGAAGCGAGGACAGCGUCCUGCUUUACCAGCGUGCCAAAGCAUCACUUAUUACUAUUCAAGGCGUGUUAUUUAUAUUUACCAAUAUAAUUUAGAUUUUCUGCUAAAUUCUCUUCCCUCUUCCCAAUAAAAAAAUAAUAAAACACUGCAACAUGAGUAGUUUGACCAGGAGUAAAGUGUUAUGAAUUUGAAUUGAUGGUUCAGACAUUCAGUUUACACCAAAAGUUGUACUUUGUCUUUAAGGUUUUUCCCUUUAUAUGCUUCUAACCGUUUUUAAACGUCUGAAUUUACUACAACUUUUUAUUUUUAUUUUAAUGCAGCAGUUUCAGUUUAGAGUGGGAUAAUAUAUGCUUUUGCAUUCAUGUGUUAGUUUUAUGUUGAUUUAAUCUCAUGUAAAUGUAUACGUCAAAGCAUCUUUUUAUUUUAAGUUAAUUCCUUGCCUAACCUACCACUUAUAAAAUAUAUGUUUUCUGUCAAAUCACAACCAAUCUAAACACAUUAAACUGUAUUUCUCUUUUCUUUUUUAUAUCGCGACCUGAAUUUUUCAGUGAAAGCUCAUAAACCAGGAUCUCUUUUACCUGCUUUUGAUCCACGUAAAGCACAGCAGAGAAUGCAACUUAAAAUGCAACAUUAAGGGAAUGGUUGUUCCACUUAUGGGUUAAGGAAUUAUGUUUCGUUUGGUUUGCUGUUUUUACACAGUGAUCGAUACUUUUCUCGUCUGUGUUUCUGUCUGAAUGCAGAUAUCUAUUUAACUCCAUGUUGCUGCAGUCAUCACUAUCACAGCUCUGGUGUUCUUGCCUUUACAGCCUGACAACUGAACACCAAGCACUGAUCCGUGACAUUCUUUUUGGUGUUUUAUAAACAUUAUAUAAAGUUUAAGGAUAAUAAUGCCAAUAUGGAAAAUGUUGGAUAUUCUUUAAAUCUAUCAACUUUUUAAAAUCUGCCGUAGCUUUGAUGCGGAAUUUGUAUGACUUCUCUGGCUUCUCAUAAGGGAAAGAAAAACAUUCAUUUGCCUUCACUGUCACCUUUCUGCCAUUGCCACUCCUUCCAGCUGUAUGCUUUGAAUAAAGCACCUGGCUUCUUAAGCUGUAA